UCUUUCGCUUGGUUUCGAAAUGUCUCUUUAUGUCGUUGUCUUUUUGAUCGGGGUUGCGUUGUCGAGGAGAGAAAUUGUCGCAGGAGACGAAUGCCGUCGCUGGAGUUCAUCGUACGACUGCAACUAUACGGACCCGUGUUCGUGGAGAAAUGCCGUUGCACAACGAUUCUCGGAGUCGCGGUUCAACGUCUGUGCCUGGUCCCAACUUCGAGAACAGUGUGAACAGCAGCCUCACUGUCCGAUUAGAAUGGAGAGUGGUAGGUAUAGUCGAAAAGAUUGUUUCAAGUCUACGACAACUUCACAAAACUACGUAAAACCAAAAGGCUCCUUACUCGACAGAGAGAAUGGAAUAGUUUGCUUGCCAAAGAACGACGUUUAUAUUCUAGCUGAUCUCAACCAAUAUGUUCAACCGCCUUGUACAAACUUUAUGCAAGAAACAACUGAAGGAACAACGAGCUACAACUACAUGACCUGGAUCUCUCUAAGUUCAAGAUGCGAAUCAAGUAAAACUCAUGCUCCAAAACAAUGCCGAUCUAGCAAUAAGAUGAUGGUAAUCGAAGGAACAGUUGCUGCCAAAAAUGUUGACGACCGCGAGCUUAGGGAUUACCAUUCCUGUUGGACAGUAGAUUCAAACAGCUCCGUUUCACGUGACAUCGACAAUGACGGUGAUUUGGUAUUUCGUAUUGGACCAAUCGCUUGUUGUCCUGCUGGAAGAGAAGUCGGUGAGACAAACAGUAUACCGGUUGAUAUUAAAUUAACUGUCGGUGAUGAUCAAGACCACGUCACUGUUGGUAAUACAGAGAGCCUUAGAUCGUGUGACAAGUCUAAGCCUCUACGCAUUACAAUGAAACUGUCAUCUGCAAAAUACAAGGGAUUAAAGAUGUACAGCUACACGAAACCUGUGGCUAGGUGUGUUGUUACAAACGAUACAAAUAGCAGGAAUCUAGACGGCAGACCUAUGAAUGUCACUGUGGACGAUAUUAUUCAGUGUUCACUCUACAUGGAAGUGUCCGUUGAGAGAGCACGAUGUGUACUCUCUCACGCUUCUGCCUACCUUGCUUGGUCGGUCGCGUGUCCAGGAAAGGCAUUAGCAGUCUCUGACAUGAACAUGACCAUGAUUGAUUCGAGUUACUCCAAGUCGAUUUAUGUGGCAAAUAUUUCUAGUCCUGGAUGUGUGAUACAUGUGUCAGGACGAUAUAUGCAGCCGCUUGCGUCGAAGUGGACUAAGAUGACAGUCGAAGGUAAUGCCUUCCAUGUCACUCUAGAGACAAACCGUCUAAACACAGAAUCAACCCAUUGGACGGAGAUGACAGUUGAAAUAACUAACGUUACUACAACAGGCUCAGAGACAAGUGGCCCGAGCACUAGUGCCGGAUCAACCGAACGGACAACGGUAACAGUUGAAAGUACCAACGUCACCACAACAGGAGCAGAGACAAGCAACAUGCAGGUGGACGCUCAAUCAACAACAUGGAUUGUUCCGACUGUAGUAAUAAUUCUAGUCGCAGUUACUGUAGUCACAAUCGUCGUCGUGGCUGUUCGAUUCAAGUAUAUUUGGUUACCUCACAAUCGAUUUUCAGAUACUAUAAGUCUUGAGAACAUCAUCAAUACAAGAGAAAAUCAGACAACAACAGCAGCAAGUAACCAGGAGCUCAUUUCUGAGCAGUUUUCUAGUGGAAGAGAGGACAGACAACGAGUGAUAAAGGUUUCAUGCCUUUUCAGUGAAAAAGACCUCUGGGUGAGGGAAGAGUUGCUUCCAAGGCUAAAAUAUUAUAAAAAUAUAGAACUGUACAGUUAUCCACUUGCUGGUCUAUCAAAAACAAAGGCUAUUACCAAGCAGGUGAAAGGAAGUAACAAAAUUAUUGUCGUCGUCAGUCAAAACUACCUGAGAGAAGAAAUGACGGAAUUUGCUAUCGUCAAAGCUAAAAUGGAGUCAAUUAGAAACCGCAGUGUAGUAUGUAUACCGAUACACCUUGAUGACAGUCAGAUGCCCGACGAGAUCGAAGACAUCUACAAACUUCGCCCAGACUCGGAGGAUUUGUGGAGGCGAUUGCCAGACGCAAUAAAUCAAAGUGAGUAGAGUUCUGAAUGAUCUAUAAUAGUCAAGCCAUCUCUACCAAGCUGCUUGAUGCUAUCGCAUUGAUGUCAUUGAUCUGUAACUGUGGUCUAGCUGAUAUUAUUCAUUGAUUUGCAGUGUAGUCGAUUGGAUUGGAUUCACGUUGAUGUGGUUGCUUUGCAAGAGCACUUGCUACUGAUUCAAGUUUAUGAUUAUAGCUUAAUUGACGUUGUUCUUGAUAUACAUAUGAGACU